AUGUCAACCGCCCGGGACGAGGCAAAGGCCAAGGCUCUGACGGGUGGAUGGGCAAGUGGGCAGGUGUGUCGAAUGUCCGGGAAGAGAAGGUCGCGCCACCCAUCAUCACCCGCCCGCCGUCACCGCCCAAGUAUCAGUAUCAGUAUCACCCCCUCCCGUCCGAAUGGGAACCGGGGCAUGAGAAACAACCUACAGUACCACUCUAAAGAGCAGCUUUGCUGCAAUCAACUCGCCGAUUGCCCAAAUUGUGCAGCCGUCCCCGGAUCCCUGGUCGCGGCCCCCGGUGUCACAUAUGACCAAGAGAACGGCCCAGAGCCUCAAUCCUCCCGUCUCUCCCUCUCCCUCUCCCUCUUUCUCCCCCUUCUUCAUUCUCUCAUUCGUCUCGAGAAUGUAAUCUUCCAAGCGUAUGCUGGCCGAGGGGAGGAUUCGACAGGAACCCUUCCGGCUUGGCAGCCCAUCCAGAGGCCAACCGCAUGCAGCCGGUCCGAAGAAGAUGAUGGUGGGCCGAAGGGGGGGAUGGGGGAUGGGCGUCGGGCUGUUCCCGGAGAAGGAGGAUAUGGUACCAGGAGUGCCUCGUCCACGCCGAUCUGA